AUGGCCAGUGCCCCCCAUGUGCCGGAGGACCAGAGUCGCCUCCUCGAAGAGGCUCUGGGGGUGGUACGACAGCAAUCGCAUAUGAUGCGGAGGUGCUUGGAAACACCGGGAAAGCUGAUGGAUGCAUUGAAAUGCGGAUCUACGCUGGUUGCCGAACUUCGAACCCCUACAUUGGGCCCAAAGCAAUACUACGAGCUGUACAUGUCGGUGUUCGAUGCGCUUCGUCACCUGUCGGAUUAUCUCCGGGAGUCUCAUCCAGUGAACCACCUGGCGGAUUUAUAUGAACUGGUCCAGUAUGCUGGGAAUAUCGUCCCUCGCCUCUACCUCAUGAUUACCGUCGGCACCGUGUAUAUGUCGAUUCCGGAUGCGCCAGUGAAGGAAAUUAUGAAGGACAUGAUGGAAAUGAGUAGAGGCGUGCAGCAUCCAAUCCGCGGUUUAUUCCUGAGAUACUAUCUCUCCGGCCAGGCGCGGGACCACUUACCCAUGGGCUCCGGCGAUGGACCUCAAGGCAACUUACAGGAUUCGACCAAUUUCGUUUUGACUAAUUUCGUGGAAAUGAACAAGCUAUGGGUCCGGUUACAGCACCAGGGACACUCAAGGGAGCGAGAGAAGCGAACACAGGAAAGAAAAGAGCUGGAGCUUCUUGUUGGGAGCAAUCUUGUUCGUCUAAGCCAGCUGGUCGACCUAGAGUCCUACAAAUCGGUGAUAUUGCAACCUCUCCUAGAGCAAGUGGUUCAAUGCCGGGAUGUGCUCGCACAAGAGUACUUGUUAGAAGUGAUAACGAAAGUUUUCCCGGAUGAAUACCAUCUACAUACUCUGGACUCAAUGCUGUCUGCCAUUGCAAGGUUGAACCCCCAUGUUGACAUGAAGAAAAUUGUAAUCGGCCUCAUGGAUAGGCUCUCCACUUAUGCAACCCGGGGCUCCGAAAAGAGCGAUGAUCCGGAAGUAAGGAAAAAAGCUGAGGAAGAGGCAACAGUAAAGCUGUUGGCAAACCUACAACUUUCAAAACAACGAAACGAGGCAUCCGCAGCCUCUAACCAACAGAAAGCUGAAAGCAAGGAGAAUGGUAAUUCACAGACAGAGGACACUGACGUGAAAAAGUCCGAGGAGGGAGAAACUACUGCUAGAUCUACGGAACCGGAUGCAGCAGGUGACCAGAAAGAUAGCCAUGAAUCCACGCCGACUCUUCCUGGGGAUGUUAAGCUCUACGAAAUCUUUUACGAUCAGGUGCUUAACCUGGUGAAAACCCGAGGAAUUCCCAUUCAAGACACCAUUGCACUUUUAGUUUCAUUGGCAAAUCUCGCCUUAAAUAUAUACCCAGACCGGCUAGAAUAUGUCGACCAAGUGCUUCAAUACGCCACGAAAACUGCAAUUGAACACUCCGAUAGUGCAGACUUCCAUUCUGCGCCCGCGCAGUCUAGUAUAUUAAACCUUUUACUCGCCCCUCUCCAAUCUUACGUUUCUAUAUUCACGGCACUCUCACUUCCAAAUUAUAUCCCUCUUUUUGCUGCACAGUCAUACUCAACCCGAAGAGCAGUUGCGGGCGAAGUUGCACGAAAUAUCAUGCGAAACAAAAUAUUAAUUAGCUCCCCUGAGAAUCUUGAUAAUGUCCUCCAGAUCUUACGGGUUUUAAUCAAAGAAGGGAUGCAGCAACCCGGUGGAUACCCUGGUGCCCAGUCUCAACGACGCGGAGGGGAAACUGAUGAGACAAUCGAGGAGCAAGGAUGGCUUGCGCGCAUAGUUCAUCUGAUUCAAGGGCCAGACAAUGAUACUCAACUCAAGCUCGCCCGCAAGUAUAAGAGCCGUGAACACUUUGAAGACAACUGGCAAUCGCAGUCAUCUGCACUAUUUCGAUUCAUGCAUCAGUGUGUUAGUAAUUUGUACCAACGGGUAAACUCCGGAUGUGCAGACCUAGCGCUACGGCUCUUUGUUCUUUGCGGUCAAACGGCAGAUGAAACUGGCUUUGAGGAAGUUAGCUACGAAUUUUUCGCGCAGGCAUUCACGAUUUACGAAGAUUCAAUUAGCGAUUCAAGGGCCCAGUUCCAAGCCGUUUGUAUCAUCUCAAGCGCUUUGCAUGGGUCUAGGAAUUUUGGAAGGGAGAAUUACGAUACUCUCAUCACCAAGGCUGCUCUUCACGGUAGCAAGCUUCUGAAGAAACCGGAUCAGUGUCGUGCUGUGUACUUAGCAAGUCAUCUCUGGUGGGUUGUUGAGAGUCCGCUAAAAGAAGGGGAUGAACCGAAUAUUGUCUAUCGUGAUGGUAAACGUGUUCUUGAGUGCCUUCAGAGGGCGCUUCGUGUUGCGGACGCUUGCAUGGACACCGCUGUAUCGGUUGAGCUCUUUAUUGAGAUACUUAACCGCUACGUCUACUAUUUUGACCAGCAAAACGAAACCGUGACGACGAAAUAUCUCAAUGGCCUCAUAGAGCUUAUAUAUUCUAAUCUUCAGUCGAACCAGACCGAGGGAGUGCCAGGUUCCGGCCUGGAGAAUCCUAAACGUCAUUUCGAGCGAACGUUGGGCUAUAUCAGAUCUAGAGGAUGGGAAGGAGUCGUGACAGAGGCACCAAGGCAAUAA